AACGCAAAUUAAUAUUUAAUUAUUUAAUAUGAUAAAAUUUUAAAUUAAUAAAAAUUACGGAAAAAUAACGACGUAGGCAAAGUUGCACACACACCCUUGGAACCUAAAUUCCACGAAAUCUAUGAAACGACCUCCGUAUUCUGUGGUGCUUUCAUUAUUAUGCAAUUUAAAUGUUUUGUUUUCGGAGAUAACGCAGGCCGAUUUAAAAUUAAAUUAACGCACCGAAAGACUUUGGAACGCGCGUUCUUUGAUUAGGCUUUGCAAUGUCAACACGCAUUUAUCGUAUUAAAAAUGUCGCUAAACGGUUGUGGUGUUUAUUUGGAGAUAGCUUGCUACGUCGCGCUCUUGUUUUUCAUGGUGCCCGUCCGAAUUCAAGACGAAAACAACCUCCGGCAGCUAUUCGAUGAGUACCUUACGGAGUUCAAUAAAUCUUACGGGGACAGUAGCACUUAUAACCGAAGGAUGAGACAUUUCGAGAAUUCUUUACAAACCAUAAAUUUUCUCAACAAAAACCGGUCGAGUAGAUCGGCCAAUUACGGCCUGACGAAGUUCUCAGAUAUGUCCCCCGAAGAGUUCCGAUCGCAAUAUUUGGGCCAACGUUAUUUUGAUGGGAAAUUAAUACCUGAAAUAACUGAAAACAGACGUUCGGCGUUCGCGCUGCCCGAAAAGGUCGACUGGCGCCAGAAACGGGCGAUAACAAAAAUAAAAAAUCAGAACGACUGCGGCGCCUGCUGGGCGUUUGCGGUCGUCGAGACCGUGGAGUCUUUAAACGCUAUACGUCACGGAGAACUGGCACAGUUGAGCGUCCAGCAAAUGAUAGACUGCUCGACGAACAACUACGGUUGCAAAGGGGGCGACAUUUGCUCCCUGCUCAGUUGGUUAAAAAGUAAUAACGCCAGUGUGGUUAAAGAGUCCGAGUAUCCGCUCGUGUUGCGACCGCAUAAAUGCAGGUGGAACGCUUCUCUUCCGGGGGUACGGAUCGAUGACUUUGUCUGCCUGAGUCUCGUGGGAAACGAGAAUCUUUUGCUGACGUUGCUGGCGACAGAAGGUCCCGUUGCGGUUGCCGUCAACGCGCAGACUUGGCAAAAUUACGUGGGCGGUGUUAUCCAGUUCCACUGCGACGGUGAAGCCGCCAGUCUCAACCACGCGGUGCAAAUCGUCGGCUACGACCUGUCGCAAAACGUGCCGCACUAUAUCGUUCGCAACUCUUGGGGCGACGAAUUCGGCGACCAAGGUUAUUUGUAUAUAGCGAUCGGAAACAAUUUGUGCGGAAUCGCUCACGAAGUGGCUACGUUAUCUGUGAUGUGACGCGUCAUCCUAUAUUAAAAGCUA